ACAAAGAUGGCAGCUCUGAAAGAAGUUGUGUCGACUUAUCAACAGUUAACCCAAGAAUGGAACAAAAAGCCAUCGGAUUUAGACAAAUGUGGCGCUCUUCUUGGUAAAUUAAAGGUUGCAUUGACGGGGCUUAUGUUCUUGCCUACACAAGAUACAGCAGCAACAAAACAGGAGCUCCUUGUUGCAAGAGACAUUCUUGAAAUUGGAGCUCAAUGGGCAAUAGCAAAACGCGAUAUUCCAACAUUUGAAAGAUACAUGGCCCAGCUGAAGUGCUACUACUUAGAUUACAAAAAUGAUCUCCCCGACUCCGCAUACAAGUACCAGCUCUUGGGCCUGAAUCUCCUUUGUUUGCUGUCACAAAACAGACUCGCAGAAUUCCACACAGAGUUGGAGUUACUGCCUGUGAAAGAUCUACAAACAAAUAUAUACAUCAAGCAUCCCAUUUCAAUGGAACAGUAUUUAAUGGAGGGAAGUUAUAACAAGAUUUUUCUUGCAAAGGGGAAUGUUCCAGCAGAGAGUUACAAUUAUUUCAUGGACAUCUUAUUGAACACUAUCAGGUAA